AUGCUUCCGGAAGGUAAUGAGUUACCGCUUUCGACAUACCGAGCAAAAAAGUUGAUGUGUCCUAUGGGAUUAGAAAUUGAAAGAAUACAUGCAUGUCCAAAUGAUUGUAUGUUGUAUAGAAAUGAGUUCGAGAAUGAACAUAAAUGUUUUAGAUGUAAUGCAUCGAGGUAUAAACGUAAAAAAGAAACCGAUGAAGUUGAUGAUGAUGUGACAAAAAAUGGGCCACCGGCUAAAAUGUUGUGGUACUUUCCCAUCAUACUGAGAUUGAAACGUCUGUUUUCAAACAAAAAAGAGGCAAAACUAUUACGUUGGCAUUCAGAUGAGCGUGUAAAUGAUGGAAAAUUAAGACACGUGGCGGAUUCACCUCAGUGGAGAAACAUUGAUAACAUGUAUCCAGAACUUGGAGAAGAGAUUAGAAACAUACGGUUUGGACUUAGUUCAGACGGAAUCAAUCCUUUCGGGAGCAUGAGUAGUCUCCGUAGUACGUGGCCGGUUCUUUUAUGUAUCUACAAUCUUCCACCGUGGUUAGCCAUGAAACGAAAAUACAUUAUGAUGUCUUUGUUGAUUCAGGGUCCGAAACAACCUGGUAAUGAUAUUGAUGUUUAUUUGUCUCCUUUAAUUGAAGACUUAAAAACUCUAUGGAAUUCAGGUGUAGAUAUGUAUGAUGCUUACAAGAAAGAACAAUUUAAAUUGCGGGCCAUGAUUUUUUGCAUCAUAAGUGAUUUUCCUGCGUACGGUAACUUGUCAGGGUACAAGACGAAAGGUAAGAAAGCUUGUCCUGUUUGUGAAGAUGAGACAAGUUCAGUAUAUUUAAAAAAUUGCAAAAAAACUGUAUACAUGGGACAUCGAAGAUUCCUUCCAGAUGGUCACAUUUAUCGAGAGAAAAAGGAAGAGUCUGAUGGUAGUACCGAGCUCCGAAAGAUAAGGAAACGAUUUGAUGCAUUUUCAAGAGUUAAAAAUUUAAAAACUGUGUUGGGAAAAAAAAUUGUGUUGGGAAAAAGAACUCGCGUUGAGAAAGGUGUUAUUUGGAAAAAGAAGUUAAUCUUUUGGGAAUUACCUUACUGGAAACAUUUAGAUGUUAGACAUUGCCUAGAUGUUAUGCAUAUCGAAAAAAACGUAUGUGAUAGCUUGUUGGCUUAUUGUUAA